AUGGGCCUGGAAGAGCUGGGCUUCACCCUGUCCAUGCUGGGCGUGGCCGGCAUCAUUCUGAUCUGCGGGCUGCCCAUGUGGAAGGUGACGGCCUUCAUCGGCACCCACCUGGUGGUCAUGCAGGUGUUCUGGGAGGGCCUGUGGAUGACGUGCGUCAGCGAGUACACGGGCCAGAUGCAGUGCAAGAUCUACGACGCCCUGCUGGACCUGGAGCCCGACCUGCAGGCCGCCAGGGGCCUGGUGUGCAUCAGCCUGGUGCUGGGCUGCCUGGCCUUCCUGCUCUUCCUGCUGGGGGCCCGCUGCACCAACUGCCUGGGCCACGCGCGCGCCAAGGGCCGGGUGGUGGCGGCGGCGGGCCUGGUGUUCGCCCUGAGCGCGCUCGCCACCCUGGUGGCCGUGUCCUGGACGGCCAACGGCAUCGUCAGGGACUUCCGCAACCCGCGCGUCCCCGACGUGCUGAAGAAGGAGCUGGGGGCCGCCAUCUACAUCGGCUGGGUGACCGGCGGCCUGCUGCUGUGCGGGGGGGCGCUGAUGUGCGGCAGCUGCCCCCCGCCCGCCACCAGGGCGGGGGGGGGUUCUGGCGGGUACAGGCGGGCGGCGCGGACCACCCGCACCUCGCACAGCGGCUACGCCUUCAAGAACUACUCUCCUCUCCAGCAGAAACCCGCCCUCCGCUCUGAGCAGCUGUUUCUGGUUGGCAGCGCCGUGCCGGGAGCGAGGAAUCAGCAGCAGCGGCGGCCCGGACAAGUCAUGGAUCGCUGGCUGGAACGGACCGCACUGGGCCUGGGCGUCACCGGUUGGCUGUGCAGCAUCUUCACCCGCUGCCUGUCGCUCUGGAAGGUGAGCGGCACCGUUGACAACGUCACCGCCACCCUGCCCGCGUACUGGGACGGGGUGUGGUUGGAUUGGGACCACUGGGACCUGGCGCAUGACGGGAGUCUCCAUUGCUCAUUUUACCAGAGACUCAUGUCGCUCUCUGGAAACUUCCGCACGUGGAGGGCGCUGGUCGGGGCUGCGAUAGGAGCCGGCGCGUUCGCCGUGGCAGUGGGAACCGCGGGGAUUGUGUGGUUCCCAACGCGUGGUCAGGUGAAGCUGGCGUCCGGAGCGCUCUUUGUUGUGUCCGGGAUACUGUUGUUGGUUCCCAUGGCCUGGACGUGUCACCACACCAGUCAGCCUCUAGAGGGCGCCAAAGAUCUGCAGCGCGACUGGGGCCCUGCGCUCUACCUCGGCUGGAUCUCCUUUGCGUUGAUGGUCGCCGGGGGCGCGUUUCUGCUAACCCGGUGCCCACCACGGUCUCAAGAGCCCGUUGGGUCGGUGCCGGUGAGCAGGUACCCGCAGCAGGAGGAGAGUGAAAACCCUCUGAGCACCAUCCAUAGAACAACGUUUACCAACAGCCAGUACAACAGGGCUCACUCUGAGCCCAUCUGAUGAUUCAAGUAUGUUCAACUAUAUGGACUCUUAUGGGUAACCACACUAGGCCUACCUGUGGAAUGAAAAGCAGACCCCGUUGUCCUUGUUUAAACAGCAGGAGAGGCCUAAUGAUGUCUGCAUAAUACAGCACAAGUCUGUUUUUGCCUAUGUCAAACCGUUAUUGUGCCUAAUUGUUCAUGGGUUACCGGAAAUAUGCCACUUCCUAUACACGUUUAACAUUCCAAACUACUUCCAUGGGAAUAACAAUUAUGUGUGAUACUAAAAUAGUUGGUCAUAUAUCUAUACUUUGUAUAUGUAGGAGGGGUAGCUGUCAUGCAUAGCAUGUUGGUUUUAAAUGUAAUUUGCUCUUCUAAAGAGUAGGCCUAUUCUGUGUCAUUAUGAUGCCAUUAUCCUAGCCUAAUGGCAUUUAAGAUGAAGCCUUGCCAUACACCGUGAGGUGCCUUAUAAUAUGGAGUGAGAUGUUCAAGCUGUAUGUUAAAUUCAAUGGAAAUAUUGUACAUGCGCUUUUGGGAGUUUACUUAGAAUGCUGUUUACAUGUAAUAUACCAAACCUGAUUAAUAUAUUGUGUGGCCUUGUCCUAAAUAUGGUUCCAGAGUAAUAUUAGCUUUUUUUUUACAGCUGCCAUACAAAGUUUAAAUAAGAGUGGCAAACACUACAGUGUGAAACAGGGUGUCUGGUAUAAGUGGAGGAUUGAUGGUUCAACACUCAGGACCUCCAAGUGGGAAGACUCCUUGUGCUAAUGCUUACCCCCAAAUAACCCAACCUCCAGCAUGUGUUUUGAGCAGGGAUUAGUGAAUGAAUGUCCUCUGGUCUUGCUGGUGUGCUAACAGGUAACAGGGCUAAUCUUACAUUGAGCUAUCACUGUGUUGUUGGGUCUCUCUCUCUCUCUCUCUCUCUCUCUGUGGAAUUAAACUUGACAUGA